AUGCUCGACCACUUCUCAUGGCGCCAUAUCCCGGCCCUCCUCUCAGCAACACCUAUGCUCUUCGGCGGACUCGUCCACGGCCUCCUCAAACCUCAAGCAGCCCUCCUCACCUGGGGCAUGACCGAAGAGGUUGCGCGAUCGCGCGAAGCUCAGAUCGUCUAUUACGGCCAUACGAUGCGAACUAGCACUUUGGGUCUCUUGGUAUUCGCACUCUACCUCCAGGGUAAUCUUACUGGGGUCGACACCACGAUGGUAGUUAUGGGAGGGUAUUGCGGUAUCGCUGAUGUGCUUACGAUUUGGUACCACGGCAAUAAGAGUGUGAUCCCUGUGCGUCUCCUGAGUGUACUUUGCAUCGCCGGUUGGGGUCUUGCGGGCAUGACCGCGAGCUCUUCUCUCUGA